GAGAGAGAGAGAGAGAGAGAGAGAGAGAGAGAGAGAGAGAGAGAGAGCUUGCUGACAGAAGAGAAGAAGAAGAGAGUGACAAAAAGAAUCUCCUAAUGUCUCCUUUCUUCUUCUGCGUUUAGUAAACUCGCAGCGCAUCCUGGAUGAUGUCCGACGAUGUCCAUUUCUGGGACUUUGAGCAACUAUUACGUGGACUCCAUCAUAAGUCCCGAGAGCGAUGAACUCUCGGGACCAGCUCGUUUUCCCGGCGUGCAGUACUCCGGGUCCAGCCCGGMUGUGAGUGCGGGAGGGAGGCAGCCGGUCGGCGCGGCGCAUGUGGACCACUCCGAGCCGUACCCGUCCUGCAGCUUCCAGCCCAAACCUCCGGUCUUCUCGUCGUCCUGGGCCCCGUUCGGCCCACAUCACGGUGCCAGUGGCCUCUCGGCUGUCUACCACCCGUACCUCCCGGCGCAGCACGUGCCCGCGGCUGAAACGCGCUACCUUCGCUCUUGGCUGGACUGCGCCCCGCGCGACCCCGACCCGGUCCCGGGCCCGAGCCAAACGGGCCAGGUCAAACUAGAGCCCCAGCUCGGACAAAAGGGCGGAGAGAUCGCGCUGAAAAUCAGCGGGCAGCACCAGAACGAGAACACAACCUACAUCUUUGAGUCAGCGCGCGAGCUGAGUCACCAGCCGGCAGCCAUCGCGGGACCAGGGUUCGAAGACAGGAAGGAGCUCUGCGAUGGGAGUAAGGACAAAGACAGCGUGGAUCAAAAUGACCCCUCAGCCAACUGGCUGCACGCGCGCUCCUCCAGGAAGAAACGCUGCCCGUACACCAAAUACCAGACCCUGGAGCUGGAGAAGGAGUUCCUGUUCAACAUGUACCUCACAAGGGACCGCAGGCACGAGGUGGCACGUGCGCUCAGCCUGACAGAGCGGCAGGUUAAAAUCUGGUUUCAGAACCGGAGAAUGAAAAUGAAGAAACAGAGCAAGGACCAACCCAAGGAGUAGAAUAACUCACAGCCAUGCACACACAUUCACACAGAUAGGCUAUCCAUUCAAAGGGAACCCAAAACUCAUGAAUCAACUGUUUUUUAAAUGCUGCCCUAUUUAGUUUUUAAUCAAAAGCUUACAUAUUACAGUAGAUUUCAUUCAUAUAGAACCUGCUGUAGCCCCAGUACCAUACAUUCAUACAAGCAUUUAACACUAAUAAAUCACGAGCCACACAUCAUCUCCGAUAUGAGGUUAAUGUGAAGUUCUGGACAAGUGGAUGAGGAAACCGUGAAGGCUGGAAGCUCCAACUGAAGACCAACAUGGAUGUCCUGAUCUCCAGCUGCAGCAGUGUUAAAGCUGAUGUACUUUGUAUGUGUGGAAGUUGACACAGGAAGUUGGAUUCAGUAAAAAGUGGACUUUU